UUGCCUAGCAGUAUGAGGCGGCGUGGGGCUAGGGACGAUGCAUGGGCUGCGACUAGGAGGCACUUGGGAGGUAGGGAGGGCAUGCGAGCAGAGCACAGUUCAGUAGUCGCCAUUGCAAGUCCCCCGUGCUCUCGUAUUCGUGACACUCGGACGCGUGGAGCCGAUUUUACGCUAACCUAAUCUCCCCGCGAGGGCCCUAAGUGUGCCCCCCCGAUGCAGAGAUAUUGCACCGAGCUCACCGAAAGAUUGUUGAAAUCUCUUGAUAAGGAAUACAAUGUCAUCGACAUGGGAGCUGUUGUGGAUGUCAUUACGGCCCUGGAAAAGACGGCGAUCACAAAGGAGGUACUUGAGAUUACAAGACUUGGAAAGUAUAUUAAUGAACUUCGACGAAAAACAAAUAACGAUGCCUUGGCUAAACGUGCGAAGGAUUUGGUACGACGUUGGCGCGAUAUGGUUCUGCCUUCUGCUCAUUCUACUCCACAACCGACACCAGCUGAUACAGCACCACCAGCUCUUAACGGAGCCAAGCCACAUAGUCCUGCGUUAAGAUGUUUAAAGCCGCAAAGUCCAGCAUUGAGAGGUGUGGUGGUCCCUCCUCAAAGUCCAUUGUUGAGGGAUACCACUCCGCUCAGAGUGCUUAGCCCAGUUUUAUCAGUGCAUAGUGAUCAUUCGCAUUCUCCUAACGCAUCGUCAAAUAAGCAGUCAAUUACAGUGACCAGCAACCACAGAACAAGUUCUGAUGUGCCACCCACGCUUGGUUCUUCGAGCCAACAUCAUCCAAUGGAAGCAGUGCCACGAACUCACAGUUCAAACAAACGUCUUCGAAAAGAUGAUUUUAAGGACCAACCUAGUUAUCAACAUCAUGAUUCAGACUCAAUCACCGAAAGUGAAUCCUUGGUUAAAAAGCAACGUCUAAACGGCGAGAAUAUAAGUGGUAAUUUAAAUUUGCAAGUGCCUAGCCCCACAUUUAAAGAAAGAAUCUCUGAUCAGUUUAUGGAGUCUUCCACCGAUCCUGACGAUUCAGGACCAAAGAAACGUGGUAGAAAGAAAGGCAGUAAAUCCAUGAAGAAGCCACCAGUCUUAGAGGAUCGUGUAAAAGAAAAACUAGCUAGUAUCUCAAGAAAUCCUAAAUUAAAGACAACCCAAGAAUUGCUGGCUGAUCUACGGGCACGCGGCACCAAUUCUAGCGUUAAUUCAAGUGCUCUACCUAGUCAAAGUGUAGAAUCAUCCGGCAUGGAAGAUAUUCUGAGAAGUAACAAUGAACAAGUAUCAAAGUUCCUUCGUUGUCCUCAGAACAAUGUAUCCCAUAGAAAUACAGUUUCUGAAGCGUCGCCAGAAAGUCGGUUGAAGCCAACGGAAAACUGUCACGACGUACCAUCUAAGUGCGAGGAAUCAGGUGUAGUGUACAAAGAAAAAUCAGUUGCAACUUUUCAAAAAAGCCAAUCAGAGCAGUGUAAAGAGUUAACGGUCGAGGAAAUACUGGCCAAGUUACCACCUAUAGAUCCGAGUUCGAUCGACUGGAGUGAGUGUGAUACUGAAACGACAGAGGAUCAAAAUAGUACUGAAUAUCCACCUAGACAAGUUACAGCUGAAGACAUAGAAAGGUUACAUUCACAGUGCGUUGAAGGACUGAACGGAAACUUCCAACCAAAACUAUCGUCUUUAACUUCUUGUAACGAAAUACAGGAUACGAACGAAGGAGUAUCAGAAAACAAUGGUGUAAACAAUGUGUAUAGCCAAAAUGGCGAAGAGUUUCGAGAAUGGCAUCAGAUGCUAGCAAGGCCCAGUUACGAUGGCCAGAUCCUCCACAUAUUGCCUUAUGUUAUUAUUGAUUAGUAAUUUUAUUAUCUUAUCCUAUUAUUAUUCUCUCAAACUUGUGAAGAUUCCCUGCAAAUAUUAAAGGGAUUGAUCGAUGAUCAAUCUAUUAAACCAAUUUCUAUUGCAACAUUAUGAUUGCUCUUUAUUUCUAUAAAUGUACACGUUACUACCACCCUUGUCAUCACAUAAAGACUCCCAUUAUUAUUCAGUGAAGUAAUUAGAAUUUUUCAACGAGUCAAUCAGAGUCUCGCUAUAUAGAAAUAACUGGAAAUCAUUUCUAAUAUAUGUAUAAUAAUUACUAUUGCUGACAACAUUCUUCGUUGUUGCAAUGGUUAAUUGCUUUGUCAGUAAUGAUCGUUUUACUAUUAUGAUUAUCGUCGUUGUCAUCAUUGUCAUCCUCAUCGCCAUCGUCGUAAUUAUUGUUAUUGUUGUUAUUAUUCUUGCUGCUAUUAUUACUAUUAUCAUUUUCAUUAUUAUUAUUAUUAUUAAUUAUUAUUAUUAUUAUCAUCAUUAUUCAUUGACACUGGAAGCAUUUCUUAUACAGAACUGAAUACUUUGAAUGAUCAAAAGACAUAAUAAUGGGCCUCUGAGAUAUUGUGUACCUCUAAUGUCUGUAACAGUGUAUCUAUGUUCAAAUCUCGUAUGCUUCUUUUUGAUAUUACUGACUAUACUCUAAACAUUAGGAAAAUUAAUUCAAGAUUUAUGAACAAAAUUUACACGGUUAUUUAUGUCAAACAAAUACACUGUUAAUGAAACAAUAAUGAUUUUAUUUAUCUGGUGAAAGAUAAUAAAAAUAAAAGGGAGGCAUAAAAUUCAAAUCAAAUAGCGCAUUUUGGCCUAUACGUAGGAGGAAAGAAAAAUUACUUUAAAAAUUAAGUAUUAAAACCAAGGGUCACUUCAUUUAUCGUGAAGUAUCAUUUCGUUUGUUGAAACAAAUAUUAUUUUAAGAUAUUCUCGAGGGAUGAUGUUGGAGGUGGAAAAAAAAAAAAUAAUAAUAAUAUAAAGAAUAAUUAUGGCAAAAGGUAUGGUCGUACCACGCAAAGAUAAUGCUAUAAUAAUUCAGAUGCUUAUCGAUAUGAUAUUUUGUUUAUGGAUUUAAAAUAUUUAUUAAAAUGUACAGAAACCAUCACUUGAAUAUGAAAACUAAUUUUUUGGGCGUGGUAAAAGUAGUCAAACCGAAUAUAACGGGGCCUUAAUUAAAGUUUAAAAGUAAAAAAAUGAUAUUUGUCUAAUAAGGUAUUAUGUUGCAUAUAACUUGUAGCAAAGGUAACACGACUCGAGUCUGUUAUCAAUUUUUCUAUCUCAAUUUUAUUUAUACCACAGCAAAAUGAAAGUGAACGAUUGAAAUGGACUUUUGUUUUAAGAAAUUCAAGAAAAAUCAGAAUCGUAUUGACGGGGAAAAAAUGCGUUAUGUGCAAUGUCCAGCGUUCCAGUGCAACGUUUUUUAUUUUUCUGUUUUUAAAAAAAUAAAAUAAGACAUUUAGUUAUUUGAAAAUAUGUAAAUACUUGUAUCGCUCGAAAUUCCAAAGCACUGGAACCAAAAUAUACUAACAUUUUCUGUAAUAACCAAAUAAUAUUGUGUUAUGUAAAAAAAAAGAAAACAACAAAAAAAAAAAACAAAAAA